AUGGAGGUGCAACCACCGGAUUCGUGGGAUGCUUUCCCGCUUUUCCAAACGCUCAACGAAUUUUUGCUUAAUGAAAAGUCGUUGAAUGGAGGGAUUUUCCACAAGAAGCUCACCAGCCAAUUUCAACCGUUAGUGGUUCGAUACACGGAUCUCAUGGAACAUUCCAUAUCACAAUCGAUCGAUAAGGGAUUUUCCAAGGAAAAAUGGGAGCCAAGGAAAGAAGGCUGUGCUACUUCUGAGGACAUUUACUGGAAGCUGGACGCUCUUCACACGUUUUGUUGUCGAUUUGAAUUGGCCUGA